CACUCCCCCCCUCUCUUUCCAGGUUGGUUCAGCCCCCGUCUACUCCGGGGUGGUGCUUAGUCGGCGCCAGACCGACCCUCGACUUCGGAGGGGUAGUGCCGUUCCUCUGGGCGCUCCCUCGGCGUCCGCUUCAGCUCCUUCAGCCUCCUCGGCCUCUUCAGCGUCCGCCGGGACCCGAGACCUCGGUGUAUGCCCCACCCCUGACCCCGCUAGAGAUAUGUCCACCCCGGCUCGGCGGCGCCUCAUGAGGGACUUCAAGAGGUUGCAGGAGGAUCCUCCGGCGGGAGUCAGCGGGGCUCCGUCCGAGAACAACAUAAUGGUUUGGAACGCGGUCAUUUUCGGGCCUGAAGGGACCCCGUUUGAGGAUGGAACAUUUAAGCUUACAAUAGAAUUCACCGAAGAAUAUCCAAAUAAGCCACCUACGGUUAGAUUUGUUUCUAAGAUGUUUCAUCCAAAUGUCUAUGCAGAUGGUAGUAUAUGUCUGGACAUACUUCAGAACCGCUGGAGUCCAACUUAUGAUGUGUCUUCCAUUUUAACAUCCAUACAGUCCCUAUUGGAUGAGCCCAAUCCCAACAGUCCAGCAAACAGCCAGGCUGCUCAGCUGUACCAGGAGAACAAGCGGGAAUAUGAGAAACGUGUUUCUGCAAUAGUAGAACAGAGCUGGCGUGACUGUUGACCCGGGUGCAGCAAAAGAAGAGGCUGGUCAUAAGAAAAAUAUAUAUUGAUGUGUUUGUCACCUUCCUAUUCCUCAGUGUCAUUACAUUACUUUAUUAAAAGCAAAAUAGCUGUCGUGCCGUUUCCAUCUUCCCUUGGCGAGCUCUUCCUACCCCUUCUCCCCUCUCCUUGAACAUCAGAAAACACCCUCUACGAGAUCAAAUGUACUGUACCUGGGUUACGUGCGGAAAUCACUAAAGCUUCAUCCCUUUUCUGUCGUCUCAUCUCCAGCUUUAGGGUGGUAUUGUGUUACUGUACUCUACACUAAGCUUUUAAAGUGAAUUGUUGUACAAGUGGUGCUUAUGCAUAGCUUGAUGGCCGGGAUGUUAUUUUUAACAAAAGGAUUGCUAAAGCGUUUCAUCCUGGCUGGUCCUUCACUUGCGUUGGAUUUAGAAGUGAAUGUUUGGAAUACGGCCUCUGAAAAACAGGGGAACAAAUCCACAUAAACACCCAUUCUGAAAGAGCAAUGGAGGCUAAAAAUGCUACACUAAGAUCUAGCCAAAAUGAAUUACAAGAUGGUUUUUUUUUUUUUUUUUUUACUGGUACCAAGGGAAAAGUCAAAGGACUCAGCCAAAGGAACGCGGCAAUAGUUGUAACUGACACACCCUCUCCUUGCAGGAUACUCACUGGGCUCACCCAUGCUAAGUUUCCGAAUACUGAAGUCUUCGGGGUUUUUGCUUUUUGAAGAGGUGUGGGAGCAGAGGAAUGGAAACAAUCAUUCAUUUUUAAGCUAGGGAAGGUGGGAGAUCCUUUAAUCUUUAAGGGAGCAAGUGCCACCCUAGAUAAACUUGUAAUCCCCCAUCAUUUUUUUAGAGUUUUAAUUAACCCAAGGAAGGGAGCAUAUCUAUGGCAAACCAUUUUCCACUCAAAUCCUGAGUUAAUGCUGCAUGCUUUAGUUUCGUCUUCCCUUUCAGUUUUAUAAGAACCUUGAAGUCACGUUUGUGAUCUUUCUUUGGCUAUUUAUACUUUAGAUAGACAGUACCUUUAAGUAGCAGUGUGGGACAAAGCUUGUACAUGUUUUGUCUAAUGUUCCAUUGUCACCUUUUGUGCAUUUGUCACUCUUCUAAAUCUAACUUUGCACAAGUAACCCAUGUAAAAAAUGUACAUUUUUCAAAACUUGUAAAUAAAAAUAACCUUAAAA